GUAUCGCGCUGUUAUCUCUUGCCAGUAAAUGCUGGCUUGGAGCCGGCACAUACAAAGAUACGUCCGCUCUCGGAACGCGCCCACGGCGCCUUAUGAUAACCGCGUCUCCUGACGUGGGACAUUCAGCCGGCUUCACUGCUUGCGUCCUGUUCAAACUGUCCUAAGACGUUCUUGCUUGGUGAAAUCCGGUACGAAACUCACCGGCUUUUGUAACUCCUCGCCUCUGAUGCUAGGCUUUAAGACCCUGGUGAUAAUAGUAAUGACAUAGGUAUCAGCACAACUUACCUGCCGUGAACGCGCACCUGUCGCAAUCUUUGUGGCCGCCCUCUUAGCCCCUUGAGGGGCCUGGUCUUGCAAUAGUCUUGAGCAUUAUACAUUAUUUGACAUUAUGGAGUGCAAGAUGAACCUUGAAGCGCGUUCUGCGAGUAUUUAUUGAUUUAUUGGACCUCUGUCUGACUGCGCGCUUCUUCGAGGCAAGGCAGUGAAAAUGGAGGAAGAGCUUGACAUGGCUGUAGACAGUGGUUCCCCGGCAGGGACCCCGCGUGCGGGAAGAGGUCGAGGCGCAGAACACAAACCGGUUCAGGCGAAAGCCCUAUCGGUGCUGCGGACGAGUACCAAGGUCCAGCAAAGGUCCAGCAAAGGCCCAGCAGCGGCUUCAGCACGCAUUAUGGAGGAGACUGAGGAUGGCUCCGAGGAAUGCGAUGGGCUUGCAGGUCUCGGCCAGAGAAAGAACAACAGCAUCAGCAGCAGGCCGCGGCCGGCCCCAGCGAUAAUAUCUCCGCCAGCUGUUGUGGAGAGCAAGAAGAACGCAACCCGUGGCGAGUGGACCCAGGCAGAAGAGUAUGUCCUCGCUCGCAAGCACUGCGAGCUUGGAAAUAAGUGGACCUCUAUCUCAAGCUUUUUGCCAUCGAGAAGCGACAACGACGUCAAGAACAUCUGGCACUCCACCCUCAGGAGCAAGAACACGGAGCGCCGCUCCUUCCUGCGCACCUACGCGCGCGCCGUGCGGGACUGCGCCAACGACAGCGGGGCGCGGCGGGCGGCGUACGACAGCGCCGUACGGCUGUGCGGCACGCCGCAGCCCAUUGAGCAGGCUCUGGCGGCGGUGCAGCAGCAGUACCAGGCCUCCCUGGCGGCGGCGGCGGAGCGGCAGCUGGCGGGCGGCGGCGGCGGCGGUGGCAAUGACGACGGCGGCGGCGGCUCGCUGGACAACGCCAGCUCGCCCAGCCAGGGAGGCGGCGGCGACGACGGCAACAGCAGCGAGCAGGGCGGCGGCAGCGGCAGCGCCGGAGGAGGAGGAGGAGGCAGUAGCAGCGUGCAGCAGCAGCAGCUGAGCGGCCAACACCCGCACCUGCACUUGCAGCAGCAGCAGCAGCAGCAGCAGCAGCACGGUAGCGGCCACGGGCACCCGCACGUGGCGCACGUGGGCGGCGGCGGCGGCGGCGGCGGGCACGAGCUGCUGUCGGCGGCGCCGGACGCGGCGGCGGCGGCGGCGGCGGCGGCUGGCGGCGGCGGCGGCUCGCCUGCGCUGUACCAGCUGCUGCAGCACCAGCAGCUGCAGAUGCAGCUGAUGACGAGCAGGGGCCACAUCAGCCCCGUGCCCAGCCCCCUGGUCCGCAGCGGCCUACACCCCGCGGUGGCAGCCAUGGCCGGAGGCGGAGGUAUAGGCGGAGGCGGAGGUGUAGGUGGAGGCAUGACGCAGCAGCAGCAGCAGGCGUGCCCCUCCCCCCUGGAUGCGCUGGACGCGGCGGCGGCCGGCAGCGGGGCGCCGUACGGGCGCCUGCCGCACAUGCUCAUGGCAGCCGCCAGCGGCGGCGGCGGCGGCGGCAGCGGCAGCAGCAGCCGCCAGCACACACACCUGCUGGCAGUGGAGGGCGAUGCAGGAGGAGGUGGCGGCGGCGGCGGCGGCGGCGGCGGCGGCUCGGCGCCGCCGCCCGACCGGGCGAGUGAGGUGGACUCGUCCUGCCUGGCACGGCUGUCGGCGCUACAGCUGCAGGACCAGCUACAGCGGCAGCAGGCGGCCAUGCAGCAGCAGCAGCAGCAGCAGCAGCAGCAGCAACAGCAUGCGGCGGCGGCGGUGGCGGCGCACUUCGGCGGCGGCGGCGGCGGCUUCAGCGGCGGCUUCAGCGGCGGCUUCGACGGCACCACCGGCAGCAGCAUCAGCAGCCACCCGAGCCGGCUGCUGCAGGCCUUCGGGGCGCCGCUGGACGGCGCGCCGGCGGUGACGCUGGGCGGAGGCUUCUCUGGCGCCUCGGUGCCGCUGAGCGGCGGCCACGGCCACAUACACCUUGUGCAGCAGCAGCAACAGCAGCAGCACCUCAGCCAGCAGGAGCAGUACUUGAGUCAGCAGCACCACCAGCACCUGAGCCAGCAGCAGCAGCAUCUUAGUCAGCAGCAGCAGCAUCUUAGUCAGCAGCAGCACCAGCUGAGCCAGCAGCAGCAGCAUCUGCUGCUGGCAGCAGGAGGAGGCGGGGUUGGAGGUGGGGGUGGAGGUGCGGGCGGCCUGCGUGCGGACAGCGGCGGCAGCGGCCUAUCGCAACUGCGCACCCUGGCAGCACUGCAGGCGCUGCAGCUGCAGGGACAGGGGCUGCAGGGGCCGCAGCACAGCUCGCAGCCCCACGCCUACCACUCGCAGUCGCACCCGCAGCUGUCCAUGCUUGGCGGCGGAGGCGGAGGAGGCGGCGGAGGAGGAGGAGGCGGCGGGUCCGGACUGCUUGGGGGCACGAUGCCGGGCUGGGGCGGCGGAGGCGGAGGCGGGCUGGCGGGCUCGGCUAGCGAGCUGGAUGACUUGUUGGCGUUGGGCAUGGAUCUUAUGCCUGAGGAGCUGGCGCUCCUGGCACAGGGCGGCGGCGGCGGCGGCGGCGGCGGCUUGGCGGCCCUGCAGCAGCAGCAGGUGCAGCUGCAGGCGCAGCUGCAGCAGGCGCGGGUGGCGGCCGAUGGGGAGGUGAUUCGGGCGCACUCCGGCGGCGCGGGUGUGGGCGGCGGAGGGCUGCGGGUCCCCGUGCUGAGCAUGAUGGGCCGCAGCAGCGGGCCGCAGCACAGGUGGGUUGGCAGCGCGCAGCCGGGCGUGGGCGCCUUUGGAACCGCCGCCGUCGCCGUCGCCACCACCCGCUCACCUACCCUCAGCACCACCACCAGCAGCCAGCAACAAACGCAGCUGCACGCGCUACAGCCACUGCCGGGUGGCGGCGGUGGCGGAAACGGCGGCGGCGGCGGCGGUGGCUCCGUGGAGCUCCGCCACCUGGGUCUGGCGGGCUCACCACAGCUGUCCGCCGGGCAGCCCCGGGGUGGGCAGGGGCAGGGGCAGGGGCAGGGCGGCCCGGACGCGUUCGACAUACUGCUUGCUGAGUUCGAGGCGCACAGCGGCGGUGCGCCCGGCGGCGGACCCAACCUGGCGGCGGCGGCGGCGGCGGGCCAGUCGCGUCAGGGCUCGGGCGUGCAGCCGCACGUGCUGCUGGCCGCGGGCGGCGGCGGCCCGAGCGGCGGCCUGAGCGGCCCUGCUGCGGUGGUGCAACGCCUCACUGCCGGCGGCGCACAGGGACAGCAGCAGCAGCAGCAGCAGCAGCUGCUGCCGCUGUCCGGCGGGCACGCGUUCAUGGGAGACGGCGUGCGGGCGCAGCUGCUGGCGGCGGCGGCGGUCGGCGGCAGUAGCAGCGGCUUCAACGCCGGCAUCCUGUCGACACUGGGGCUGGGCCAGCCGCCGCCACAGCCCGCGAGUGGGAACCGCAGCUGGCAGUUGGCGGCCGGUGGCGCCGGAGACGCGGACGGCUGGGCGGGUGACAUGCUCCGCCAGGCUCCGGCCGGCGGCGGCGGCGGUGCGAACGGCACCCCGCUGCGGCCGCUGAGCUCGCCGGCUGUGGGCUUCUGCGCGGACGUCGGCGGCGGCGGUGCGGCUGGCGGCGCAGCCGCCGCCGCGUCCUCGGGCAUGGCCGCCGGCUUCAUGCCGCUGACCGGCGCCGCCACCUCGGGCGCCUCAGCUGGCAGCGGCGCCGCCGCCGCCCCCGGCGGCGGUCCUGGCGGCGGCGCCAUGCGGUCGCUGCAUGAGCCUUCGGCUGUGGAUGUUGUGACCAUGGGUCUGGACAGCGGGGAGCUGCUGGACUGCAUGGAUACCGACGUGCCGCAGCAGCAGGGCGGCGGCGGCGGCCACGCGGAGUGAGGGGCGGAGUGAGGGGCAGCCUCGGAGCGUGCAUGCCUGCAUGAGGCAUGCAGCCGCUGCGAAUGACGCGUCCGCUUUCAGAACAUGCAAAGCGGCGACACCGAAUUAACAGCGGCGUGUAGGGGCGGCUGGUGCGUCUCGGCGGAUUCCUUACUUGUGGCUGGCUCGGGUUUGGCUGGCCGUUAUGGCUCGGAGGGCCGCUUGCUGAGUGUGAUGGUGGGUGGCGGGGCUAGCAGGAGAGAGAGAGUGUGUAUGUGUGUGCAAGCAUCCAGCAUAUGUGGUCUCAAGUCUGCGUUUACUUGUCAGAAUGAACUCCUUGGGGCACCCUUUCGUGGCGUCCACUUCAAAGUUAGGUUCGGUUUUCGGUUUGCUGGCGGCGGCUCGCAAAUGUGUGUCUUUGCGGGUCUUGGGGACUCUGGCGACGGACCCUGGCAUAUAUCAUAUGUAUGGACUAUGGAAAAGCUUCACAUGGCGGUGCGAGUGCCUCGAGGGCAUAUCCCGUAUCCUACCCCGCACUGCGCUGCCGCAUGUCACAGCAUUGAAUGUACGGAUAAUGGAGCAGUACACACGCGCGCUGGUGAUUGAACGGUGUGUGGCGCGCCGCUGUGGGUGUUUGAGCCGUUUUGCACACCUGUUGAGGGCCGGUGAGGUUCACACGACCACGACCAUGUGACCACACACACACACACACACACACACACACACACAAACACAUGACACGUGGGCACGUGGGCCCAGCUCGCCCUGGGGGUGUCACGUGUUUGAAACGCCCGGCCCGGCUUGGGCGUGAGGCGGGACGCCGCCGCCGCCGCCAUGUGCAGAUGUUCGGUCGGUGUUGCGUGUGUUUGGUGGGUGGGGUCGUGCGUGUGGGUACGAGUGGGCGCGGCACCGGCCCCUGGUGGUGUGCGGGUUGGUGCCGCGUGACCGGCGCUCCGGCUGCAUGACCAACACCACCACCAGCACCGCCGCCAGCGCGGCUGCAGAUUGCGGUUGGGACUAACACACACGAGUGUGUGUGUGUGUGUGUGUGUGUGUGUGUGUGUGUGUGUGUGUGUGUGUGUGUGUGUGUCUGUGCCGCCGACGGAGUGCGGCUGCCGGCGGCAGCGCGCAGGCCGUCCUGCAGCGCCGUACGGCGUGUAGGUGUUACAACGUGUAGGGUGCCGAGUUGCCCUGCUGGUGCCGUAUUUAUUGCACUGUUGAGGGCGGGGUGUCGGGGCCCGCCGUCAUAAGUGCGACUGGGCUUGCAAGUCAGGUUACGAGUAUGCAGCAGUGAACUGAAUGCGUGCACUGCAUCGGGGGUUGCGGCACUGACCACGGGAUGUCGCUGCUAGUAGAGUCGCUGGGCACCGAAGAACCAACAUUAUCGGCCAGCGUAGCGUACCUUGCAGCGAAGACACACCGAACAUGCCAUUGAUUACCAUUUUCAGAAUCCUGUAGUAUCGCGCCACGCACACGGGCGGAAUGCGCGGUGUUGUCAUGGUUAUCUUGGGAGGGAUGCACGGUUCGUUGCAAGAAUAUCAGGAUGCGGCGAGCUGUGGACGAAAAAGGAAGGGCGGUGAAGACGUUGAGGCCAGGGGGCGCUGAUGCGAGGCGGCACACGACAGCUGGUUGGGGCGCAUGGAGGAGGCAUGGUGCUAGGGGGGCAGCAGCAACCGGGCGGUGCGACCAUGACAGUGGCUGUACGAGUCUGUACGGUAUGCAACGCGCACGUCUUGGGUGCGCGGAGGUGUCAAAGUAGGCCUGCAUGGGGAUGCGCGGCGCAGAAUAAGCACCAUUGUCAAGGUGCGCGGUGCGGAAAUAAUUUCCAUUGAGGGGGUGCGCGGUAAUUUUGUCAAGGUAUGGUGCUUUCAGAGAGGAGGUGCCGCCGACGUACGCUGCAUCAUUUGUUAAUAUGCUUUAAUAAAGGGAUUGUGACGUAACAGAACCGCGUAAAAGCUUGUAACAUGGGGAGCAC